AUGACCACCGGCUUGCUAGUCACUGGCCCACCGGGCUCAGGCAAGAGCUUCCUCAUAGACUUGUGGUUCUCAACAAUCCCUACCCCGCACAAAGCGCGCAAGCAUUACAACGAGCUCGUCCUAGAAAUCUAUCGUGCUGUAUGGGAAGAGACCCGUCGGCGCAUGACAGCGCUUUACGCUUCGAAACCCUCGGAAGUACACGAAAGCGAGCAAUCCAUGCCAUGGAAUAAGCUCGUCCGCAAUCAAUGGCGGGAACUUCUGCAAAGUGGGUCGUUACCGACUCGUUGGACCCGCGGGGUCAACAUGUCCUUCUCGCUGUUACGGACGCCGCUCGAGCCGUCCAUCGCAUACGUGGUGGCGCAGCGCCUCGUCUUGCGACACUGGCUACUCGUUUUCGACGAGAUACAACUGCUGGACGUGUCGAGCGCGACGCUGCUUGCCGAUGUGCUCUCGUGGUUCUGGCGUAUGGGCGGCAUCAUUGUCGGCAGUUCAAACAAGGUGCCCGACGAUCUAUACAAGAACGGCGUGCAGCGCGAGAGGCUGGAGCCGUUUGUGGAGGCGCUGAAGGCCAGGUGCCCUGUGGUGGUUAUGCGCGCUGAGCGGGAUUGGCGGUCUGUUCGGGGAAGCGAGGGUAGAGGAAGUUGGUAUACCCUGGAGCAAGGCUCUGACUUUGAAGCAAGGCUGAAAGAAUUGGCUCUCGCUGCUGAAGAUGCUUCUGCGACACAGAUAGUCGUAUUUGGGCGCGAAAUACGCGUCCCCUGGUCCGCUGACGGCGUGUGCAAGUUCACAUUCUCCGAGCUUUGCGACGAAUCCCUCGGCCCAGCCGACUACAUCACCCUGGCCUCAAAAUAUCGCACCUUCGUCAUAACGUCGAUACCCGUCCUCAGGUUAUCCGCCAAGAACCAAGCGCGCCGCUUUAUCUCCCUCGUCGACGCUCUCUACGAGGCGCGCUGCCGCCUCCUCUGUCUCGCGGACGCGCCCCUAGAGCAACUCUUCUUCCCCGAUGCCCCGCCGGAAGCCCCCGCAAGUACAGGAGUUGCCCGCGACCCGUCGGAGGACGUAGACAUGAUGAUGGCAGAGGCCAUCGGCGAGACGCAGGAUGUUUAUCGGCCAAACGUCUCCUCAUACGACGCACCGAACAUGGAGCGCGAACGCGCCCCGGCCGCGCCGCUCGCGCUCGACAAGCUCUCUAUAUUCUCGGGCAAGGACGAGCAGUUCGCGUUCCAGCGCGCCCUCUCCCGACUGCGCGAGAUGACGAGCGAGAGCUACGCCCGGGACGAGCAGUGGACGCCGCUCCCGCCCUCCGCACGAAAGUGGGAGACGCCCCAAGCCCAAUCCCCGCUGUCUACCCGGCCCUCCUCCCCGCCGCCACCCCGCCGCAACUUCAAGGCCCGCUCGGACGGCGACGCCCGCGUGACCGCCCGCCCUUCGUCCGACUUCGCCGAAGAAGCGUCCGCGCACGCGACGCACCCGCACCCGCACCCCACGGCGCGCCCGCCCGCGCCCCGUCUGCGCGCGGACCACGUCUGGGGCGUGCGCGAGGACUGGGGCGCGCAGGCGCGCGAGUGGGGGCGUGGGGCGAGCGUGUACCCUGAGCCUCAGCCUUCCGGCCUCCCCACCUCCUGCCUCCGCACCUCCGCCGGGCGCAGGCGCGGGUGGGGAUACCAAGACUGA